AUGUCCGACUACUCGUCGACUCCCUCGCGUCCCGCUUCGCCCAUUGGAGUGCUUCCUGUGUUUGCCGCAUCCCGCUCGUACAGGUUCAACUACGACCAACGGCGCCCAGGCCCAGGAAGUGUCUCAGAAACCACUGAAGGGAGAGGAGACUUCCUUGGUGCUGGUGCACCAUUUGAUGUCUUCGGCAACGCCUCCGUAACUUCCCUGGCCCAGGGUACCCUUCCAGCGGACUGGAGUAGCUCCAAACACGGCUUCAAUGCUAUCUCCAAUGUGGUGAACAAUCCGCACAAGAAGUCUGCACCGCCCAAGGCCCACUCCGCGCUCCCCGCUGUGCCUCCAGCCGACCUCCCGCGUGUGCGCCGGAAAGACUUCGAGUCCUACCUGCGCGCUAUCACUCCAGAGUGGGAGCGGUUUCUCCAAAAUGCCGAACAGGGCCGAGAUGGCUUUGCCCAGAUAGACGAUGCCGCACAUUCAGCAAACUUGUCGGCAGGCAUAGAGGUACCGCCAACUCCCCGGACCCCACGCACACCGCGGCCACCGGCCGGAAAGGCGCUGCCUCCGUUAGAGACCGUCCCUGCCGUGUUUUUCGAACGCGAGUUCAAUCUGGGCGACCCGCGUACGUUUAAUGCCGUGACUGAGCAGGAAGGGGACGAAGAGGAGUGGUCCGACCUCUCUUCCCUCUCGUACUCCCUCCCAUUGCUUGAGAAGUUCUCCCACUACGCGGACACCAUCGAGCAGCACCUCAUCCGCGAGAUCUCGAUUCGGUCUACUUCCUUCUUUGCUGCGCUUGCGAACCUCCAAGACCUUCAGACCGAGUCUGAACAAUGUCUGGACCGCAUAUCUCACCUGAGGGGUCUCCUGAAGGACGUAGACGAGAAGGGCGCGAAACGCGGGCUGGAGAUCGUGCGCAAAGAGGGCAAGAUGCGGAACCUGGGCAACGUCAACAAAGGCGUGAAGUUCGUUGGAGGUGUAAUGGAGAUGACCGGCAUCGCGAAGAGCUUGGUCGGGGCCGGUCAGUGGGGAGAGGCUUUGGACAUGAUUGAGGAGCUGGAACGGCUCUACCAUGGGGACACGGCUCAAGCUACCCCGAUCCCUUCACCACAGCCUACCCCGUCGAAGAACGGUCGCGCUUCCCCCUUGCCUACGGUCAUGGAAUCGCCUCCAGCAACGCCGCCACCCCCGCCUCCUCCUCCGGAGCCCUCAAUACCACUGUCUUCGCUAAGGGCGUUUGCUGCGCUCCCGGAGCACCUACGGACGUUGACUAUGGAGAUCACGUCUUCGCUGACUUCCGAGUUCGUUAGCCUUUUGCGUCACGACCUUGUAGAGCGGAUCGACUCGAACCAGCACACAUGGUCGGAAACGAGGAAGAGCGACUUCAACAUGUCCCUACGAGAUCGACUACGACCCUUGCUUCAGUCUCUUCUGCGUACGAAAGGUAUCCUUGAGGCGACUCUAUCAUGGCGAGAGGUAGUCAUGGCAGAAGUGGGAAGUACAAUCAAGCGGCGAAUACCUUCGCUCGAAAUUGGCGACGACUCGAUACCACCUCAGUCCAAUGCGGCGGCCGAGCUGCGCGCCAUGACACAUCCCGCGUUCAUGGACCUCGCCCGGGGAAUGUACCGAAGUCUCCUGAACUGCAUAGAGGGUCUGCACCGGCAAGGCGCGAUCGUCAUAGAAGUCGUCCAGAGCAUCCAACCUCAAAAGACUCCUGUAGAUAUCACAGCUCUUCAAGAAGAACUAACGGACAUCCUAUCAUCGGCGGCGGAAUCGGCCAAUGCGCGCGCUUCGAAGGUCAUCAGCAUUCGUGCGGAGCAACAUACUGCGCUCGACCUCCCGAGCUUCUGCGAGCUGUUCAACGAGUCGUGGGACUUUGUCGUAAAGUCGGAAGUCAUCUGCAGGCGAAUGAUUGUUGGUCUCCGAGGCACGAUUGUCAGCCAGGCGAAGAGUUUCCUGCAGCACUUCCACCAAGCCCAGCUGAACCAGUCUGCCAAACUCGUGGAAGACGAGCAGUGGAACGCCGCGGAAGUCGCGCCCUCUGUCCAGCGCGCAGUCGACACCGUCGUCGACGCCUCCAUCUCCGAUCCUCCAGAACUCCUCUUUAACCGCCCGCCCCAAGACCUCCUCUCGCCCCUCCCGCCAACAUCUCCACAGCCGCCCUCGCCCUCGCUCACAGCGAACGGCGGCCCGCGCCCGUCCUCUCCCCUGCCCUCCCCGAACUUCCCGCCUUCCCCGGGCCGCAGCCAGCGCAGGCGCUCAGCCAAUGCACCCACGAAGCACCUGCGCGUCGAGGAGCGCGCAUAUUUCGCCGUGUCCGCGACGCUCGAUGUGCUCGUCCUACUCUUGGAUUAUCUGAAGGUGAUCGUGAACCUGCCCCUGCUGACGAUUGAUACAAUGAGCCGCAUCAUCGAGCUCCUCAAGUCGUUCAAUUCGCGAACGUGCCAGGUCGUGCUCGGGGCUGGGGCUAUGCGCUCUGCGGGGCUGAAAAACAUCACUGCGAAGCAUCUGGCCCUCGCGUCGCAGUCACUUGCGAUCAUGAUCUCGCUCAUCCCGUACAUCCGAGAGACGUUUCGACGUCACCUGAGCCAGAAGCAGGCAGUGAUGCUCAUCGAGUUCGACAAGCUCAAGCGAGACUAUCAAGAGCACCAGAACGAGAUCCACGCGAAACUGAUUGCAAUUAUGGGCGACCGGCUGACGGCACACAUCCGUACGCUUCAGGUGCGUUUACCUCCCGGUUAUCGCUCGCCUGCUCACAGCUGA